AUGAAAAUUCAUGCGCUCAUUCCCAUGAGAACGACUCGUUUUCCAGUGAUCGAGUGCAUUUCAUUACAAGUUUGUCAAGUUGAGGAUUGAAAGAUUGUUUUUUUUUAAUGAAAUUGUGAAAGGCUUUGCGGUGGUGAUUCAGGUGUCGGGAUUUAGCAGGGGAGGGAUUUGACGGGGAUUUUUCGAGGCUGGGGAUAACAGGGGACGAAUGUUGUUUGUCGCUCGUCAGAGAGACAUUUUUUUUUCGCUUGUCUCUGCAGGCGGUUAUCUCCGAGCAUCUGGAAUUUCAUGAAGAUCGUGACAGUUGGAGCUAAAUAAUUUGAGUAACAAGAGGCAUUAUGAAGUCUUCAAGGAGGAUAAAUAGAGGAGGAGCAGUGCGUAGAAUCAGUAGAGUAAUUAGACAAUGUCUUGGCUGUAAUCUAUCGUUUCCCAGUUGCUUGGGAUAUCCGCAGGACAGCGAGGAACUAAUUCCAAAAAUGGCACGAGAGCCCAUUAUUCUCAAUGUUUACGACAUGUACUGGAUCAAUGAGUAUACUACACCAAUCGGACUCGGCGUCUUCCAUUCAGGAGUUGAGAUUUACGGAGUCGAAUACGCAUAUGGUGGCCACACCCUUCCAAUAUCGGGAAUUUUUGAGAUAUCUCCAAGAGAUGCUGAGGAGCUCGGAGAACAAUUCAGAUUUAGACAAUCUGUGCACAUUGGGUACACAGAUUUCACAGAAGAAGACGUGACGAGAAUUGUCUCGGAAUUGGGAAAAGAUUUUCGAGGUGACAGGUACCAUCUGAUGAACAAAAAUUGCAACCACUUCAGUGGCCAACUGACACAGAUUCUGUGUGGACAAGAGAUACCAGGGUGGGUAAAUCGAUUGGCAUACUUCAGUUCCUGUGUUCCAUUCCUCCAACGCUGCCUACCAAAAGAGUGGCUGACGCCAGAUGCCCUGACUCAUUCCCUGAGUCAUGUCAGCCAUCACGAAAGUACUCCACCGUCUGAGAAUUCAUUGUAACAUUUAGCACACGAGGGUGGUGGCAGCCAGUGUAACAUUUUGAAAUGUCGCAGGAGUCGUACGUUCUAAAUUAAUCGUAAUUCAAUUUAAUCAUUGAAAAUUACUUGGGGAUGAUUGAAAAAUCGUUAAAUAGUUCAUUCAAACAGCAGAUUAGUCUCCUGAGGCUCAAAAUGUGUCAAAUCACUGAACCAUCGUCGAGAAGUUCGAAGUCAUUCGAGGGCAGCAUUAAAAAAAACAAAAAACGUAGGGUGGAAAAUCAUUGAGUCGACAGAACUAGAUCUCUUCUUUAUCAAAUUUCAUCACUGGUGGUAUCAAUUUUUUUCAUCCACAAGCAUAUUUCUCUGACACUUUUCUCGAAAUACAGUGGAAACAAAUUUUAAGCUAUAAAUUUUUGGAGAAUUUGUUCAGGAAAAUUCUCUGUCGGGAAUUUCCUGUAAUGGAAAGGAAGUUUCAAAAAAAUUCGGGAGAAGAUUCUUUUUGUGAGAAAUUGAAGUUAUCAGCGUAAAAUUGUCUUUCCUCCAAAAAUUUGUAGAGAUCAUUUUCCAAACAUUCUUCAAAGCAAAAAAAUUAUUUAAAAAUUACCGGAAGACGGUUUUCCAUAGAAUUUUGGUCUUGAUGUAAUUAGUACAAAAGUGAUCGUCGACUCCAUUAAUUGACUCCCUGAAAAAUUGAAGAAAUCCAGAGAAAUACCCGGAGUGAAAUGCCUUCACAGUGCAACUGCAAUUAAAUUAAUGAAAAAUAUCUGUUGAUCAGUCAAAGUUUAAUAGAUAAACGAUGUAAUUAAUGCCUACAAAUUAAAGUGAUUAGGAGACUGAGAUUCGUGUAGCCAUCCGGGUAUUGACACGAUAUGAAGGUAAUGAAUUAAUUGGCUUCCGUAUUGUUACGAGUUAGCAGAAAUUGAGAACUAAUUCGUCUCUCUUGGUAAAAAAAAAUAACAUUAAUAUUUGCUUUAACUGAAUAACCCACUUAAUUAUUGUGAGCGAGUAAAUUAAUCACAAUGAGUUAAUCGUGAACUAAUUCACGCGUCCACUACUUUAAAUGAAAAAAAAAAUAAAGAGGAUAAAUAAAAAAUAUUUGGCAAGAUAUAAUGGAACAUUUCUGUGAUGAGGUGAGAGAACGUCAGUCUUUGACACGAUUGAAAAAACAAGUCGUUACUUAUCAGUUAAACUAUUAUUUUCAGUGAGAGCAACGAGGAGAUGAACAAAUAAAUAGGAUUAUAUUCUAUAAAUUUCGAUAAUUUUAAUAAGACUACAUUCUAGUUGUGACGUAACGAGAGAAUGCAAAAUUUUUGCUCGUUUCCUCAAUUUGUAAUAUUCCACAAUAUAUUUCUGCACAAUUAAUGGAUUUCAUUGUCAUCAUAAUUAACUCAACGAGUUUAGUCUCAGCUGCAUUUAAUUCCUUUAAGUCUUUAAUUUGAUGCAUGACACACACACCAUACAGUUAAGUAACAAUAAAAGAAGAAGUUUAUUGUGAAAUGGUGAAUUAUCGGAGACGAAUGGAAUUCAGUGAAUUGAUAGUGAAGUGGCGAAUGAUCAAUAAAAUUUAAUGCUUUGUUAAUUGCGCAAAUAUUCCAUAAGCGAGACAUAUUUUCAUCAUAAAAAUUGGUUGAAGAAAAAGUAAUUAUCCUUUUUUAAUGGGAAUUACUCAUAGAUAAAAGGAUUCUAUAUCCAUCGACUUGUAAAUAAUUGAAGUACCAGAUUUUGCCACUUCACUACUGAUAUUUUUCAUCAAAACAAAUAAAAAGAUUUAAUAACUGAUUUAAUGGAUUGGCACCUCUGGAAUUUUUUGAGAAAUUAGCGCUUCAAUUCGUCUCCAGUUACCAUUUCCAUUAUAAAUGACAGGCACUCCGUUUGAAGAUCGUUGUCGGAAAGAUGAUGUUACUUGUUACAGAAAGAAAAAAAACCUAGUGAAAUUUAAAUUAAGAAUGAAUGAUAAUGCAUGUUGUAUAGAAAUCAUUUUUCGAUGAUUAAUUAACAAUGAAUCGCCAUAAAACAUCAAGAUUAUAAACAAUUGUGUUUACUUCUCCUUGGUCCAACAUAUUAUUUACUCACUCAAACUUUCACUGUUCUUUUAUGUUUUAUUAAUGUCUUAUUAUCUCGAUCGCCACUCAAUAAAAUGUGCGCACAUUUUUCAACUUCAUUUCGAGUUUGAAUGUUUCCAUUAUUUAUAAUAUUUUUGUAUUUGUGGAUGGUGUGAGGAUUUCAUGAAAUAAUUUUGUUAUAAUCGAUUGGAAUCGGCACAUAAUAAGGAAAUCCCUAUUUUUAUUCGUUUCUGGUUAAAUAUGAAUGCUUUUCCGUGAUAAUUAGACAAAAUUCGAUAAUUUCGAAUGAAAUUUGACAAAAUAUGUCAAUCGGUAGAAAGAUUUUUCUUCAGCAGUUCAUGAAAUAGUCACGACAUCCUCAAACAAAUCAGUAUAGUUCGAUAUUUUUAUCGUUUAGAUGGUAAAUCGUUAAGGACACUAGAGAUUUGUAUGAGUGAGAGUAUUUCUGAAGCACUUAUUGCAGGAUAAUUAAUUGAGAUUGAAUGAAUUAUAUCAUAUUUGAAUAUGGUAAAACGAGAGAAAUAGUAGAUUUCAUCCGUAGAUCAGUUUCUUUUUUAUUUUUUUCUUUUUUAGAGCUUUUCUUUUCAAUAAUCUGUAGCGAUGUGGAAGUGAUUUGUUACGAUUGUAUAUCAACCUGACGAAGGUAUAGUAAUAAAAGAUAAAAAUCGAAA